AUGGACUGCGAAUUCAGCGGAGCCACUCCCGCAACACUGGCAGAGUUCAACCUGGCCGGUGGAGUUGACAACUUGCAAACGUUUUACGACAUCUCUCUCGUCGACGGAUACAACAUACCCAUGGGGAUCAAUUAUAUCCCUGCCAAGAACACCACCUUUAUUCCGCCGAACCUCACAAACUGUGCUUGCAUUGCCACCACAGGCUGGGUGUACUCGCCAGCAGGCAAUGGCACCUUCUACUCCAACGUGACAUAUCCGAUCCCCCUAGAGUCGGAGGAGACGAACGAGAGUCGGCCUGCCUUUGCCCCAUGCAACAGCGCCUGCGCGGCCACUGGAACGGACAAGGACUGCUGCAUCGGCAAGUAUCAUGACCCCAACAUCUGCAAGCCGUCGCAGUACAGCAAGUCAGUCAAGGCGGUAUGUCCGGACGCAUAUAGCUUUGCCUAUGAUGAUCAGCAAUCAACCUUUAUCAUCCCCAAGGGCGGCGGAUGGGAAGUCGUCAUGUGUCCCGAAGGCCGAUCGACUGAUAUUCUCCGCAAGCUGGGCUCGGAAAUGUUUGAGUUGGCAAGUGGUGGGAAAUUGUCGUCACACACUCUCAAGAGGCUCCGAAAUGCAACCUAUGUCAUGGAGGAGCGUGGGUCUGCGGGCACCGUGAGACCAUGGACACUCAUGCUGAUGGCCUGUAUCGCAGUUGCUUGUAGCUGGGCAAUCUUCUAA